CUUUCCAACGCUAACGGAAGCAAUUGAACACAUCGUCUGAAUCGAUGUUACUGGGAGGAGUCCAUUAGCGUCAUUUUGUCAUAAAGAAGACAGCAGCUGGUAAUUAGAUCCCUGCCACGAAAGCACGCACAAAACCGUCCAUGGGCAGAACAAAGGUUAGAAAGGCGUCCUUUUCGAACUGUCCCAAGAUUACGGCCACGCUUUCCUCCAAUGCAAGCACCAAAGCGGGUAGCUUCAAUCUGCGAAUGGAAACGGUACAGCCAAGAACUUCCAUCAGGUUGAACGGCUUUCGUAGCACCAACGGCCACACCCCGGACUGGAACCUUCUGGGAACGUCCAAUCGAUCGUCCGCAGCGUACCAGCCAACGGAUUCACAUCCGCUGCGGUCGCAUCUGCGCUACUUUGGGCAGCAAGUGUUUAGAAACGAUGGACCGAAAACGUCCAACUCUACCGGAUACAAGUAUACGGCCGAUUUUCUGAACGACGUACGCCAGCACAUGUAUUUCUCACGGAACGAGAAAAUGUAUGGCGAGCGCGUUCGCGAUAGCAAGAGUGCGGUAGAACCAUCCUACCAAGCGAAUCACACGUUCGCCAACCUGCUCCGUUGCUAUGGGUACCAUCACAAUUGGCUAUCUUUCAAAUUUGGCUACACCUAUCACAAAGAGCUGAUGAACAAACGGAAGCAAAGCGCUUGGAUGUCGUCUGGCGCAAGUCACGAUUCAGAUAACCCUACUGGGCGAAGUGAACGGGACUAUCUGCAAGAUUCGCGCGAUGAAACACAUGGGCUCGGGCGAAAAAUGCACGAAUUGAACAUCACCGAUACCAACCAGACCCAUAAUGGACACACAAUGGAGUUGACAGCUGACGACUAUGCCGCCAAUGGCGAUAAGGAGAGUGUGGCAAGCUCGAGCACAAAAACUCCCACAAUCCGUGCUAUUUCACCGAGCGAACUAUCGCCUACCUUAACCGCCCCUUUAAACAUCGGGCCCGGCGAUUCGCUCUCGAAGGACAUGUGGGUCAUGUUUCACGCCAACCGGCAGUCGGAUGCAACGUUUGCAAAGAAGAUGCGCCUGUGGGAAAUGCUGUACGGCUACUUCCGGCAAAUGUCCUCCUGGCUGCAGAAGCACGAACUGUACCUGAUGGGCAGCACCAUUUCGGGCUUCGGCACGGACACGUCCGACAUGGACAUGUGCAUCGUGGACAUCGACGGUCCCACGUACUGCGAUUCGCGCACGGAAGCGCUCAACAAUCUGCUGCGGGUGAAAAGCUUCAUCGAAUCGCUGCCGACCUGCAGCUUUGAGCAUCUCGAUUUGAUAAGGGCCAAGGUGCCGAUCUUACGCUUUCGCCACGUGGAGGAAAACAUCGACAUCGAUCUGAGCAUUAACAAUUGCGUUGGUAUACGCAACACUCAUCUGCUGAACUGCUACGCUCAAUUGGACGAACGUGUGCGACCGCUGGUACUGGUUAUAAAGCUGUGGGCACAGCACCAUAAUCUGAACGAUCCGAUCCAUUCCACCUUGUCCAGCUACUCGCUCGUGCUGAUGGUUCUCAACUUCCUUCAGUGCGGUGUCACUCCUGCCGUAAUACCAUGUUUGCAUCGCAUCUUUCCGGAAAAGUUUUGCAAGAAAAAUUUCACCAACAACUUACUGGAACGUAUUGCUCCGCACCGGUCGGAUAACUCGGACACACUCGGGCAACUGCUGCUAAAAUUUUUCAAAUACUAUGCUGAAUUUGAUUACGCCAACUACGCGAUUUCCAUUCGAAUGGGUCGAAUUUUGCUCCGCUCGGAAUGCAAAUGGAACGCCGCUGAUCAGUCGGGCCUCGGCAUAUUCAACCAUCUGUUCAUUGAAGAGCCCUUCAAUCGCACCAACACUGGGAAAUCCGUCUACAACAAGUAUGUGUUUGAACAGAUCAGGGCGGCCUUCGCUGCGUCCGGGAAAAUGCUGGAAGAGCACCAAAAUUUGAGCAUCCUGUUUCGAGAACCACUCUUUACGCCGUCUUUAAUUCCGUCCCCUAAUAGAUACUUUUAAAACACUCAUCUCAACUACCAUAAAACCUAUAAAAAUCUAAGAAAAAAUUAUAGAAAACUAUAAAA